AAAGUAAAUAAUUUAUUUAGCUUAAUUAGGCAGUCUUCAACUGCUUUGUGAUAAUUGUCCACUUAUAGCAAAGCUGACCACUAUCUCAAGCAGUUCACCACUAAGAUCACAAUUACAGUUACAGUUUACAGUUGAAGCAAUUAUCAAGUAAAUUUCAUCAUAUUCAUUAAGGAUGCACAAUAGAAAUAACAAAUUCAAUUAAAAGCUGGCUUCGAUUUAACUAUAAAUUCAAUCUGCAAUUAAAAAUUUCGCAGAAUUGCAUCAUUAAUUAAGUCUUAUUUACUGUUUCCCUUCAUAAUUGUAUUUUCAAUAAUUCACGUGACUUAUCACUUUGAAUGAACACAUGUUUUCAAUGUUUUCCCUGACUUUCUCUGAUAGCUAUAAUUUUAUUUGUCAUGUUUUGUUAUCUUUGAAAUGUUAUUUUUUAAUUAUUUACAUAACUGUGCUUUAGUUAAUCAUCUCUAGCUAACAUAUUUCUCUUUGACAAUGUUUGCCUCUAAUCUAGUGUUUCAACUUCGUCUUGUACCUCGAAUGAUAUCACUGUCUAGUGUACGAUUUGCUGGUCACAAUAAAUGGUCCAAUAUUAGGCAUGUAAAGGCGGCUAAAGAUGUUGCUAAAGGUCAAAUAAUUAAUCGCCACUUGCUGCUCAUAAAACACGCGAUUACAAGCUCAGGAGGUGUUGUUGACCCCAAGAUUAAUGAUAAAUUGGCUGAUGCUUUGGCUGAAGCUCGUAAAGCUGAAGUACCAGCUGCAACCAUUGAGAGAACCCUAAAAAGAGCUUUGGAAAAAAAGGCGAAACCUUUUCUUUUUGAGCUAGUUGGACCUGGUAAUUCUUAUAUCUUAGUAGAAGGCGAAACUGAUAACCUUGGAAGCACACGAAGUACAGUUAAACAGCAAUUAAGAGACUUCAAAGGAUUGUAUAAUUGGGCUCGAGAAGGGGCAUUGAAACAUUUAUUUAUUCAAAGAGGAGUCGUUAAAAUUAGUCGGACGGAUAAGGAUGGUAAUGAGAUAGAUUUUGAUGCAGCUGAAGUGAUUGGAAUUGAAGCUGGUGCUGAGGAAAUCUCCGUUCCUGAGGAAGAAGAGGAAUCUAAACGAAACAAAGAUGCUGAUGCUGAGGCUAAUAUUACAUGGGACUUGAUGGUUUCAAAAGACGAUCUAUUUAGAGUUAAAGGAUUUAUUGAAAAAAAUCGUCCUGAUUUAGUGAUAAAAGACUUUUGUAUUGAGUAUUUCCCUCGUAGUUACGUUGAAAUCGAUGACAAGGCUAUACAAAAAUUGUCAGAAUUAGUUGAUGCUUUAGAUGAAAUUGCUGAAGUGCAAAAAAUUUAUGUAAAUAUUAAAUAAUUUAAUAAAAUAACUAGUUCAGUUAAUUUUUACUUGGAAA